UCUCUACUGCCUACUGGUUCUGUCUGAUACAGAAGGAGAACCUCCGUCGAUAGUGUGUGUGAAUUUGAUCGGCAUUAACACACUAUUCGAUAAAAGAGAGACACUUUUUUUUUGUUGGGUAUUGAUAAAGAGAGAUACUUUGGAACAUUCACAAGUGAGAUUUUCGAUUUCGUAUCUUUUGAAUCAGUGGGAGCUGUUAAGCAGCUCCUCCUCAAGUAAUGGCGGAUUUUCAGACAUCAACUCAACGGUCCAAGUGGAUUUUUACUCCCCAGAAACUGGCAGAGAGAUAUAAAGCUGCUAAUCAGAGGGCAGUGCAAUUGCUGGAGAAGUGUGGAACAACUCAAGUUGAAGUAGAUGCCAGUGGAUUACUAACUUAUCCUACUGAGAAAGGUGAUGCAGGAUCAGGAGAUCAACCUGAUAAGAAGCUUAAACCGUUGAGUGUUGAUGAAGAACGGUUUAUGAGAACAUUUUAUGAGGGAAAGGUCCAAGAAGUGUGCAGUGCCUUUGAAUUUCCUCACAAGAUUCAGGCAACAGCCCUCCAAUACUUCAAAAGGUUUUAUCUGCAAUGGUCUGUUAUGCAACAUCAUCCAAAAGAAAUAAUGUUAACCUGCGUGUAUGCAGCUUGUAAAAUAGAGGAGAACCAUGUAUCUGCUGAGGAAAUAGGGAAAGGGAUUAAACAAGAUCACCACGUAAUUCUCAAGUAUGAGAUGGCUGUUCUUCAGAGUCUGGAAUUUGAUCUGAUUGUUUAUGCACCGUAUCGUGCAAUCGAAGGCUUUAUUUGUAACAUGGAGGAGUUUCUUCAAGCUAGAGAUGAUGAAAUCCAGAAGCUGGAGAUUUUGCUCAAAGCGGCAACAGGAGAAGCCGAUAAAGUUAUGCUCACAGAUGCUCCACUCCUCUUUCCUCCUGGUCAGUUGGCGUUGGCUGCUCUGCGUAUUGCAAAUGGGGUUCUCGGAGUGGUUGACUUUGAUAGGUACCUAGAGAACAUUGUUUCUCAACCGAACUCUGAGCACACGACUUCAGAGCUCACUAGAUUACUUGAUGACAUCGAAUCUUUGGUAAAGAAGUACAAGUACCCAAGUGAAAAGGACAUGAAGCAUAUCAACCGGAAGCUUAAAUCUUGUCUAGGACAUAGUUCUUCACAUGACGAGAGCAAGAAACGGGAGAAGAGAUCGAAGCACAAGUCUCAUAGAAGCUCCAGUGAUAUACCAAAGGAGGCACCGAUAGGUUGAGUUUCUCGUUUUGCCACUAACUAUUCUUUUGUUGGCAUGUUAAUUUUAAUCGCAAAGAAUGUGAGAAAUCCCCUUGGCAGUUUGUUUCUCUGUUAUUGUUCUUACUAGUAAAUUUGAAUAUUUUUUAAAACUGGAAA